AUGGAGCAACUAACCACAGCCCCAGUUCUUUCAACACCGGAAGUACAUAUAUUCGAAGAUCCCACACCCUCCGUCAAGAAAGAUGAUCUCCCAAAACUUUCCGACGAAGACUUGUUCGAUGUUUACGAGAUUUCGCGGACGGUGAAGGAGAUACGAGAAGGAGGAUGGAAGAAAAUAGCUUUACAAUUUUCAGAUGGCAUGUUAUCAGAUGCACCGAGAGUUUUCCAAGAACUGGAAAACAGGCUUCGAAAUUUACCUGUCGAACCAGCUUCGAACGAAAUCCCUGAGACAGGAAACUCAAGCCUAGAAACAGAUUUCAGCAAUCCAUCCGCGAGCAUUGCGACCUCGAGUAUUCGACAUAAAUUAUACAUAUUGGCAGAUACUUCUUAUGGUUCUUGCUGUGUUGAUGAAAUUGCAGCCGAACAUGUCGACGCGCAGGUAGUCAUCCAUUAUGGCCGCGCUUGUCUAUCUCCCACUGCACGAUUACCGGUGAUCUAUGUAUUCACAUCUAGGCCUCUAAAUCUCGAGUCCGUUGUGCAAGCAUUUGAAAAUACAUACAAGGAGAAGGAUGACAAAAUUGUCAUUAUGGCUGAUAUUACCUACCACUCGCAUAUUUCAUCUCUUGUUAGCCUAUUACAAGACGGAGGCUACAAAAAUCUACUUGCGCCAGAAAUUACACACGAUCCCAGUGCGAUAAUACCGAAUCGAAAGUUGGAUGAAGGGGUAGAUAUGAAGGAGCAUAGUUUAUUUCACAUUAGUGAACCACCGUCUGCGUUACUACUUACGUUGUCAGGAAGAGUUAAGGAUAUGCAUAUUUACUCUACAGAUUCUACGACAGGAAAUGAAACGACGAAAACAAACGCGGCACGAGCGCUUAUGCGAAGAUAUGCUUUACUUACAUCUCUAUCUUCCUGUGCUGUGUUUGGUAUUCUGAUUAAUACCCUAAGUGUAACGAAUUAUUUACCUACGGUCAAUUCCCUAGCUGCACUUAUACGAUCGAAGCGAAAGAAAUCAUAUACAUUUGUGGUAGGGAAGGUUAAUGCUGCGAAGUUGGCAAAUUUCAGCGAAAUAGAAGGAUGGGUAGUGGUCGGAUGUUGGGAAAGUAGUUUGGUAGAGGGGGAAGCAUUGUUCAAACCAGUUAUUACACCUUUUGAGCUGGAGUUGGCUUUACAGAGUGAUGAUGAACGAGUCUGGGGUGGGGAUUGGGUAGCAGAUUUCAAUGCCUUGAAUCUGCAAGCUUCUACUACUGCUGUUCCAUCCGCGGAGCACACCGAAUCAAAUGCUGUCGAAGAAUCAGAGAAUGUAAAUGCUACCGAGGAUGCAGAAGAUUCCGAGGAAGAAUCAAUGCCUCCCGAGUUUGAUCUUCGAACUGGCCGAUACGUUUCGCAUUCUCGGCCUAUGCGUUCCUCUCAGGCGACAUCCCCGGAACCUAAGAAAAUGUUGGAGAAUGGCUUGCAACCCAAUGCAUCCAAUAAACUGGUCAAGCGAGCCAAAAUGGAGUUAGCGACAGUGAAUGGGGAGGCUAGCCCAGGCGCAGAAUAUUUGAGGGAGAAGAGGACCUGGACUGGUCUGGGUAGUGAUUUCGAUAAAGAGGCGAUUGAAGAGGGUAGAGAAAGAGAAGUAGCUGCGGUUGUGGAAGAAGGGAGAAGUGGUGUGGCAAGGGGAUACACGGUUGGUGAGGAUGCCUCGCGGAGUUGA